GAGCCUGCAGCAGACGGACUGAGCCGCAACCAGCUCGAUCAGGAUGAAUAUCUCCCAUCUGGUGGCUUGUGGAGUAUUGAUCACCUUGCUUUCCUUGAGCAUAGAGGCGAAACCUAGUUUAACUCCGACACAGCAGAAGUCUCUUAGGGAUCUGCUGGGAGAGGAGCUGUCCGAGUACCUGGCAUCUGGCGAGCGGGACAGGAGGCUGGAGAACAUCAGGUCAAGAGCACGCCUGCUGCGGGACUUGCGCCUGGACACACGCGCCAAGGGCAUGUGGUCCCGCAUCCUCAACGACCAGCCCGGCUUGCGGAAACACAAAGUGGGGACCAAGAAGGGAGGCUCCACGUCCCGCGGCGGCUGCUUCGGACACAAGAUGGACAGGAUAGGCACGAUCAGCGGCAUGGGCUGUUAGAACGUGCCGGACGCACGGAGGGCUUCCGGUGGACAAUGGAUUUAGACAACUUUGCUUUAGUUGGUCUUCGCAUGAGGAACCCGUUGUCUUUGCUCGCGAAACAGAGUGUGUGUACAAACAGACCACCAUGAUCGGCGUCACCCGAAGACCGUGGCCACGCUAUGAAAACACUUAUGAUGAAAACACGCGUCGCCUGACGACGGACAGCGGCGUAGAAACGGAAAACUGCAAAGCUGUAUAUUGUCGCUGCUGCUGUACAUUCAUGUACUUCAUUCCUGCAUAAAUGUAUUUAUGUUUAAAAACUAUUUAU